CUUGUGUACGUGACUCUGUGUGUACAUGAGUAUAAGUGUCCGUCUGUGUGCAUGUGCUCGCGUGUGAGCAGACACAUUUGUGCGGACUUGCGCUUGUGCCUGUACUUGCACAAGACCUUGCUCCUGUGGAAGGUUGCUUUCUGUCAGCUCACACGACGAUUGCUCGUCGACCACGCACGAUAAACGCGUCAUGUGGUGAUGACCAGCUGGAACGCAAUAUACAUGUCUGUGGCAUACUUUGAGACAAUUGAAGGCAAAGCCGUGAUCUCCCGUCUCGGAUUGGCCCAAAACAUCCCCUGGCUACUCACCAUGAUCGUCAUGGUGUGCUGGCCGCAGGCAACGGACAGUGCGCGCGGUGCGCUGUACACCAUCUUUGUGACGCACGUGUACAUGCUCGCCCUCUGCAUCCUCUUCCCCGUUCUCGUCUUCAAGGGCGUGCAGGUGUCGUCUGUUGUCCUGUAUGUGCUGGUGGCGGUCAACGGUGUCACCACGGGCCUCUCCCAGAGCUUUGUCGCUGCGUGCUCAGCCCUCUUCUCCCGAUACCCGUCCUGCCGAGGGACGACGUCGUACCAGCUGAUGGGGGCGGCGUUUGGGAUUAGCACGCCGACAAUGAUCCAGCUGUUCCUCAUCCCGCGCAUGCUCAAGGCCAAGUCGAGCACACAGUCCUACAACAUCACCCUCUUCUCCAUCGAGGUUGUGUUCCCGUGUGCUGCGGCAAUGCUUGUGCUGAGCCUGGCAGCUCUGCUGUAUGUUGUCCGCCACGCCAUUUUCCGCGCUGCUGAGGAGGAAGGCAUUACCAACUGCUGCGCCACGUGUGAGACGGCCGCCCAGCGCGCUGUGCAGCAGCAGCCGCCGCCGCGCCUUACUGCGCGCCGCCUCUGGCCCGUCAUUGUCACGGUUGGCGCAGAGGUGAUCAUAUCUGCCGUGAUGUCGUUUGCCUGCGCCACAAGCCCGCACCUCACGCCCAUUGACGACACGGCGUUUUGGUCGCGCAACCUGGACACUGUCGCCCUCAUCUCAUUCUCCAUCUCAAGCUUCAUCGGCAGGGCGAUACCGGAGCAGACGUCUGGCGUCAAGUGGCUGAACCGCAUGUUCCGUGCGCCGGCAACGCUGGUGCUGCUGGUGCUGUCGCAGAUUGUGUUUCUUGCGGGCGUCGUGGCAUAUGUGCAAUGCCAGCACACGUGCUUCUACUUUAUCACGUCGUGGGACAAGAACAACGCCAUCAUUGUCACGUGGUAUGCGCUGGGCGCGGUGCUCUCCGGCGCGGGCAUUGUUGCGCUGAGCAGAUACGCGCAGGAGUCGUGUCGCAAGUCGCACGUGCUUGCCUGCAGCACGGUUGGCCAGCUCAUCUGGCUUGGCCUGCAGGUUGGCUCCGUUAUCGGCAUUGCCGUCUCUCUCCUCAACGGCAGCUAA